CGCAGCUCCCAGCGUCGCCCAGCCCCAUUGAUACCACUUUGGCCCUGGUGUUAGUCUUUUUCUACCCUCCAGUCAGUCUUCUUUUUUACAAAGCCUUAUCAAGAAACAAUUUCUCCGAACUCUCCAGCCGUCCCUAGCACCAACGCAUUUCAUCUUCAGCAUUGGCCGCACACCUGUCGGAGCUCCACUUGACCACCCAUAAUGUCUUCUUCAGACGAGGACGUUGUUCGCCGUCCGGGGCGCAGUGCAGGUGCCGGUCAACCAGGCAGUCCGUCUGCAAGUGAACACAGUGAAGCUCCGGCGCGAAGCCAGAGUCCCGCGGGCUCGGAUGCGGGCAACGCGAACGGCUACGAUGAUGCGGAUCUGUUUGGUUCGGACGCUUCUGAUGGGGGGUUUGGCGAUGAUAAUGAGCGACCCCAGCGGACGCUAGACGACGAAGAACUCGAUUCGGGAGAUGACGUGGAUCGCAAUGAUCGGGUUGGAGAGCCCAUGGACUAUGAAGGAGGCGCAGACUAUGAGGAAACGGUGAAUAUCAUGGACAUGAGCUUGAGCCGGGCGCCGGAGCCUGUGACUUCAAACGGCGAGGUCUACACAAUGCCAGUCCCCCCUUUCCUGUCCGUUGAAACGGAAGAGUUUAACCCAGAGACCUAUGUUCCACCUCCAUUUACGACAGCCGCCACGUCGCUCUGCUGGCGCCAUGACCCGCAGGACGAGUCGCUCCUGCAAUCGAAUGCUCGUAUCAUCCGCUGGGAGGAUGGUUCCAUGACAUUGCAGCUGGCGUCCGCGCCAAAGGAGCAGUACCGUAUCUCAACUAAGCCACUGGCGCCUCUCAGCAAGUCCGGCGAAUAUGACACCAAGUUAGAUUCCCACGUUUAUCUGGGAGCAGCCGCAGAAGCCUCUUCUGUCUUCCGGCUGACUUCCCACCUCACCCAUGGACUCACGGUUUACCCGACAACUGUGGAAACCGACGAUGCCGUGCAGCGUCUCCAGGAGUCGCUAGCAGCAGCAGCCCGGGGAGGCAAGAAGACGCUGGACGGAUCGGCGCCGGUUAUCGAAGUCAAGGAGGACCCCGAACUUGCCAAGCGGCAGGCAGAAAUGGCUGAGCGUGAGAAGCUGAAGGCUGCUCGCCGCCGCCAGCAGCUUCAGGACCGCGAGAUGGACCGUGGCCGUCGUCACGGAUUCACCCAGCGCACCGGAGGUGCUGGUCUCACAGUGGGUGGCUUGGAAGAUGACGACGGUCUCCUGACGACCCGGCCUCGCGCGAAGAAGCCUCGCAGGCCAAAUCGUCGGGGCGAGAUCUACACCGACGACGAAGAAGAAUACGACCGUCGCGGACGCACUCGCGAGGACGAAUAUGACGAAGACGAUGGUUUCCUGGUGGGCAGUGACGAAGAACCGGAAAUCGUCGACGAUGACGACGAAGAGGAUGUCCUGGAGGAUGAAGACGAGGACGCCGAGGGCGAGGAGGAAGACCUUCCGCCCGCCAGACCCCGACAGAAACGAGCCUCCCCUGAGGCUCCUGAGAGAGGCACUCCUCCAACCCGGAAGAAGAACCGCUACAUUGUGGAUGAUGAUGAUGAAGAGUAAUGGCUCUUCAUUUCUAAGCCACAUUGACAUUCUUACUUGCUUCUUCUAAUGACAUUGUAACUGUAUCAUCCAUUCUGGGAGUCAUUCUUCGGGC